GUUGGUUUCUCGAUUGUCGCUCUCUCACCCUCGUUGUUUGCACAUUUUCCAACUCCUCCCAGCCACAUACUCCCACACAGUCCGGUCAAGGUCCCGCCAGGCGCCCAUGCGCACCUCGUUCCACGGUUAAUUCAUUGCUGAGAGGGGAUCGGCUCGCGAUACCGGGUCCGGUGCUUCGCUCUGCCUCAGUGCCUACCUACCCACCUUGACGUGACUAUUUAUCAUUGAGAAUUCCAGUCUUUCUACGUUAUACUCGUUGGGGUUUGAUCUGGAUUAUUAUCGCUAAACGAUAUUCUACGCAUUCCUUCUCUCUGUGCAAUUCCCCAGACGCUGCAGCCCGCAGCUCCUCACCAUGGUCUACCAAACCAACCCCAAGCCGAACUCGAGCUACAAUCGAAACUACCUCACCCGGAACAUCAAAGGCCACCUCUUAUCCAAUUUCAACAAGAACAACAACAACAACAACAACAACAACAACAACAACAACAACAACAACAACAACAACAACAACAACAACAACAACAACAACAACAACAACAACAAAGAUGAUCGUCCCAAAUCCUCCCUGAAACCCGAGCCCGCGACGGACGACGAACCCAUCAGUUCCAGCGAGGACGAUACCCUAAGCCAUAUCGCGGAAUCAGAAGAGGAGAAGGAGGAGGAGGAGGAGAUGAAGACACGGACACGAGUGUCGCGGCCCACCUUGGAGGAGAAACUCGCCAAGAGCUCACCGGACGGAGAACAAACGCCACGCGCCAGUCGACAAAGGAGUGAUACAAAGAACUCGAGAACGAGUACCCCGGCUCCGGCUCCGGCGACGAGUCGUAAACGGGCGUCGCAGGAGAUGGGCGAGGAUCCGCUCUUCUCGGCGUAUCGGGAGCUGGAUUCGGGGAAUAAACGACGCAGGCAGGUCAUUGCUUAUCCGUCGAGGAAGUCGCUCACGGGGUUGGGUUUGACGUCGCCGCAGGCGGAGUCGCCGGGGAGUAGUAGGGGGAAGAAGCAGAGAGAUUCGAAGGAGGGGGGGAAGAAGCAGAAAGAGACGAAGGAGGGGGGCAAGAAGAAGAAGAAGGGAUUGAAGGAGUUCAAAGUCCCUAAGGAUAUCGAGGAUGAUACGAGUCCGAAGCCGCAGUUCAAACAGCCCCCUCCGAUGCCUAAUGACAUGAUCUCGAGCUCGUCGCUCGCUACCUCCUCGGCUCUGGAUGCGCUGAUUUUCGACGAUGAUGACUCCUCGAUUGGGACGCCGCUCAGCACGGCGUCCUCGACCAUGAUGAAAGAGCUGUCAGAAGCGAUGCUGGACGAGCCGGUGCUCAACGAGCCGUCAGUGUGUCCCUGGUGCAACGCGCCCGUGGACCCGGGGAUGCUGCUGCGAUUCCGCGCGCAGCCUAAGCAGCGCAUGCGCGAGCAGCAACAGUUCUGCGAGUCGCACAAGCAGUCCACUGCGGAGCAGGAGUGGAAGGAGAAGGGGUAUCCGACAAUCGACUGGGACGCAUUCGAGGAUCGGAUCCAGCGGCAUUUCGCCGACCUCGAGACGAUCAUGGUGCCGGAGAGCACCUCCUUCUACCGCAACAUCUUGGACACGACCUUGAAGACCGGACAGGCUAAGAACUUCCGUCUCACGCUGGCCGGAGACGGGCUGGAGACGAUGUCGUGUGGGUAUUACGGGACGCGGGGAGCUGGUAAAAUGCUACAAGCGAUCACGACGCGAUACGGACGGAAACUCCGACGACUGGCGGCCAGCGACCACAUUGUCAAGGCGGCCGGGGUGGUGACCUACGCGCAGGCAGUGCUGGUGCCCGAGCUGGCGGUCCGACUCGUCAAGGAGGACAUGGAUGUCACGGACGAGACGGCGCGCCAGAUCCUUCGCGAGACGGUGGACAUUGGCCAGAAGCUGAACUUUGCCUUGAACGAUAAGGUGCCGGUGCCGGAGGACCUGCAGUAGGUGUAUUAUUCUUCACUAGUUCCACAUUCGGGGGUUUCUUUUCCUUCUUCCUCCAUUGUUAUGCGGGAUCAGGUUGUUUACUCUGGAUACCCCUUGCUUGACCGGCUACUGUGUAUAUAUUGCGUGGUUCCGGUGUAUGGAAUUUAUGCCUCUGUUGAGGUGAAUAUGAAUGGCGCGUGCUGGGGACAAGCUGACACCAUCUCUGACACCAUCGGACUCCACUCUGUACUCG